AGUGCGUCCGCCUCCACUGCGCUCCAAAGCCGAGACGCGCCGCCGCCACCGCCGCCAGCGCGGGCAUGACAGACUGGCAGCAGUAGUGGGCUUCCGAUUGGCUCCUUUUCUUUUAGCAGACCGCAAAGGAACAGGACGAGAAAUAAGAAUAGGAGAGAGUGAAGUGAGUCAUUUUCAGCCCCUGCCCGCGCGUCGAGAAGAGUAGAUGAGUCAAUGGCCGGGGCACAGCCGGGAGUUCACGCGCUGCAGCUCAAGCCAGUGUCCGUGCCAGAGAGCCUCAGAAAGGGCAACAAAUUUAUGAAAUGGGAUGAUGAUUCCACCACUGUGACCCCAGUGACUCUAACAGUUGACCCCAAAGGUUACUUCCUGUACUGGACCGACCAGAACAAGGAUACAGAUCUUUUGGAUAUUGCCUACAUAAAAGAUGCCAGGAAUGGAAAGUGCACCAAAACGCCAAAGGAAGCCAAGCUGCGCGAGCUGCUGGACGUCAGCACGCUGGCGGGGAAGAUGGAGAACAGGAUGCUGACGGUGGUGAGCGGCACUGACAUGGUCAACAUCACCUAUCUCAACUUCAUGGCCUUUCAGGAAGAGACUGCAAAGGAAUGGGCAGAGGAGCUCUUCAACCUGGCAUCUAACCUGUUGGUGCAGAACAUGUCCAGAGAGGCCUGCCUCGAAAAAGCAUACACUCGGCUGAAGCUGCAGCUAAACCCCGAGGGACGAAUCCCUGUCAAGAAUAUCUUCAGGAUGUUCUCGGCAGACAGGAAACGAGUGGAGACAGCGCUGGAAAACUGUAACCUCCCUUCUGUCAGAAGCGACUCCAUCCCUCCAGAAGAUUUCACUCCAGAGGUGUACAACAUGUUCCUGAGUAACAUCUGCGCUCGUUCUGAGCUGGACCACAUCUUCUCUGACGUAGGGGCUAAGAGCCGCCCGUAUCUCACAGUGGAGCAGAUGACAGACUUCAUUAACAAUAAACAGAGAGACCCUCGCCUGAACGAGAUCCUCUACCCUCCCCUCAAACCGGAGCAGGUCCAGCUGCUGGUGGACAAAUAUGAACCCAAUGCGUCGCUGGCACAGAAAGGUCAGAUCUCGGUGGAGGGCUUCGCCAGGUACCUGAACGGUGAGGAGAACAGCAUCAUUCCUCCUGAGAAGCUGGACCAGAGCGAAGACAUGACCCUGCCCCUCUCCCACUAUUUCAUCAACUCCUCACACAACACAUACCUCACAGCGGGCCAGCUCGCGGGCAACUCCUCUGUGGAGAUGUACAAGCAGGUGCUCCUCUCCGGCUGCCGCUGCAUCGAGCUGGACUGCUGGAAGGGUCGCACCACCGAAGAAGAGCCCGUCAUCACUCACGGCUUCACCAUGACGACCGAAAUCUCCUUCAAGGAGGUGAUCGAGGCCAUUGCAGAGUGUGCCUUCAAGACUUCACCAUUCCCCGUCAUCCUGUCGUUUGAGAACCACGUGGACUCACCAAAGCAGCAGGCUAAGAUGGCAGAGUACUGCCGGUCAAUAUUUGGAGAUGCAUUACUGACAGAGCCUCUGGAGAAAUAUCCCCUGGAGUCUGGCGUGCCGCUGCCCAGCCCCAUGGAGCUGAUGGGGAAGAUCCUGGUGAAGAACAAGAAGAAGCAUCACAAGACAGAUGGAAGCACGAAGAAGAAGCUCUCUGAGCAAGUCUCCAACACUUACAGCGACUCCUCCAGUGUGUGCGAGCCCUCCUCCCCGAGCGCAGGUUCAACAAAAGAGGAGAUGGCAGAUUCUUCACAGCCGUCUGAAGGCGCCGAGCUUAACCUGAGACCACAGGGCAGAAAGUCCAUUGGUGAGGUGGAGGCUGAAAGCGAGGAUGAAGAUGACGAUGAUGACGACUGUAAAAAGGGCUCGAUGGACGAGGGCACAGCAGGCAGCGAGGCGUUCGCCACUGAAGAAAUGUCCAACCUGGUGAUCUACAUCCAGCCCGUCAAGUUUAACAGCUUCGAAGCCUCCAAAAAGAUCAACCGCAGCUACCAGAUGUCAUCCUUUGUAGAGACCAAAGCUUUGGAGCAGCUGACCAAAUCUCCAGUAGAGUUUGUGGAAUACAACAAACUGCAGCUGAGCAGGAUCUACCCUAAAGGCACUCGGGUGGAUUCCUCCAACUACAACCCUCAGCUCUUCUGGAACGCCGGCUGUCAGCUCGUGGCUCUCAACUUCCAGACCAUCGAUCUCUCCAUGCAGCUGAAUCUGGGCAUGUAUGAGUACAACGGGAAAUGUGGCUUCAGACUGAAACCGGAGUUUAUGAGACGGCACGACAAGCACUUUGAUCCUUUUACCGAGAGCACGGUUGAUGGGAUAGUGGCCAAUACGCUGUCUGUGAAGAUCAUCUCAGGCCAGUUCCUGUCGGACAAGAAAGUGGGCACGUACGUGGAGAUUGACAUGUUCGGUUUGCCAGUGGACACGAAGAGAAAAGCCUUUAAGACCAAGACCUCUCAGGGCAACGCCAUCAACCCCGUGUGGGAGGAGGAGGCCAUCGUUUUCAAGAAGGUUGUGCUGCCCACACUUGCCUCACUGAGAAUAGCCGUGUUUGAAGAAGGAGGGAAGUUUAUCGGCCACCGUAUCAUUCCUGUCUCGGCCAUCCGUCCAGGCUAUCACUACAUCAGUCUGAGGAACGAGAAGAACCAGUCGCUGACGUUACCCACGCUGUUUGUAUACGUGGAAGUGAAGGAUUACGUCCCUGACACGUUUGCAGAUGUCAUCGAGGCUCUGUCUAACCCUAUUCGCUACGUCAACCUGAUGGAGCAGAGAGCCAAUCAGCUGGCUGCCCUCACACUGGAGGAGGGAGGGGAGGAAGAGGGGGACAAAGAGGUGGAAGCGGGGAGCGACGCCCCCGCCGAGUCGAAGGUGGACCAGAGGGUGACGAUGCCCGCCGAGAACGGACUGAGCCACACGCCCAUCAUUGCCCCGAAGCCCCCCUCGCUGGUCGGCCACCAGCCGCAGUCCGCAGGCUCAUUGAAACCAACCGUGAAAACUGAAGACAUCAUUCAGAGCGUCCUCACCGAGCUGGAGGCUCAGACCGUGGAGGAGCUGAAGCAACAGAAGGGCUUCGUCCGGGAGCAGAGGAAGCAGUACAAGGAGAUGAAGGAGCUGGUCCGGAAACACCACCGCAAGACCAGCGAGCUGAUCAAGGAGCACACGGCUCGCGUGUCCGAGCUGCAGAGCCAGCAUCAGCGGCGGCGCUCCGCCCUGCAGAAGAGCCACAAACGAGAUGGUAAGAAAAGCCGAUCUGAACAGUCUCUGUCAACGCUGGACCAAGAACUGGGCGAGCUGGACCAGGAAUGCAACCAGAGGCUGGCGGAGCUGAAGGAGCAGCAGCAGCAGCAGCUCCUCACCCUGCGCCAGGAGCAGUACUACAGCGAGAAAUACCAGAAGCGAGAGCACAUCAAGCAGCUGGUUGAGAAGCUGACCAGCAUCGCGGAGGAAUGCCAGAGCGCUCAGCUCAAAAAGCUCCGAGACAUCUGUGAGAAGGAAAAGAAGGAUCUAAAGAAGAAAAUGGAUAAGAAAAGGCAAGAGAAGAUCAACGAAGCCAAAUCGAAAGACAAGAACGUGACAGAGGAAGAGAAGCUAGAGAUCAACAGAUCGUUUGUCAAUGAGGUGGUGCAGUAUAUCAAGCGGUUGGAAGACGCACAGAGUAAAAGACAGGAGAGGCUGCUGGAGAAGCACAAGGACAUCCGCCAACAGAUCCUGGAUGAAAGACCAAAACUACAGACUGAUCUGGACCAGGAGUACCAGGACAAGUUUCGCCGGCUACCUGUGGAGAUUCAAGAGUUUGUUCAGGACAGUAGCAAGACCAAGCUGAGCGACGACAACAUUCACGGGAACUUGGUUUCCUCCUCCUCCACGUCGGAGAGGCUGAACCACAAGGCCUCGCAGUCGGAGGACGAUACAGAGGAGGGCUCAUCGGAGCGGGUUUACGACACAUCCCUUUAAAGGAGUAACUCCGGCUCCUGGCAUCACCGUGGGAAACUGACUGGUGGACGUGGCUGUGGCCACAGAUCUAGGAUGAAACUGCCCUGAUUAUAACCAAGGGGAGGAUUAGAUCAAAUCUGAGCCUGGAUUGGUGAGUAGAGGUCAUCUCUGCAUAGAGUACGGUCUUGUCCAGAGAACAGUUUCAUGUAAAUAGGAUUUUUUGUGUGUGUGUGUGUGUAUUUGUAUGUUACCUGUAUGUCGUCGUCUCUUUCGGUACGGCCGCAGGAUGUUACGAAACACUAACUAUUUGCAGGAAAAACCUUACUUGAACUAUUGCACAGAGAGAGUAGUUUCUUUUAAUUGUUUUUAUGUUCAUGACGGUGGCAGUAGUGGCGGUCCGAGAUGUGCGUGGCGUGCCAAGGUUUUCGAUUUACUGACAGCGGAGUUUGUCAUUUCAAGCGGCGUCAACUUGUACAGCAAAGGAACCAUUACAUAUUCAGCCUUUAAAGCUUCCGUCUUUAUAAGAUUUAAACCCACCUUUACAUAUUUGCACUGAAGGCUCACUAUAACUUAAUUGUGUCUUUUUUUUAGUUUAAACCAGAAGCACCGGUGGCUUGCUGGUUCUUGAUUUUGUUCUCACAGAACUAAGCCUAUGUGUUGCUGCUAAUUUGUAGAAUCCAUCGGUUUUUUUUCUUUUUUAAUCAGUAUUUUUUUGUUUGUGUGAUAUUUGGCAUGCUAAUAUUAUGCAGUCACUGUUUUUAUGUUUUGGCUAGUUUUCAGUAAGUUUCAAUAGCUGGUUGGCCAUAGUGUUCAGAGAGAGAAAGGGACGGGAACGCUCGUUGUACAGUGUCUGCAUGUUAUCUGAACAACUGUAAAUGUUACAGUAGCUCUGUAGCAAAGAUGUUGAUGUAAAUCUAUUUUCUCUGAAACAUUUAAACUAAAUCUGCGAAACUGUGGACCUAGUAUGGCUUGAUGCGUCACUGUGGAAAACCCAAACAGGAUUUUUUUUUUUUUUUAAUAAAAAGUAAGAAUGCAUCAUUUAUGAUUUUUUUUUUUUUUUUUUUAGAUCUAGCAGUAGCUGGUUCAAGUUAAGAUUGCCCGCUGUAGGCUUUAGUUUUACCCUCUUGAUCUCAAAAGGUCCAAACAGGAUGCUGUAAAAACAACAGGAUCCUCUUGUACUUUACAGAAGUGGCCUUCCUCUUAACUGGUUCACUGUGUACCCACACAUUAUCCGAGUACACGCAGCAAAUGGCCCAGACCUCGGAAAAUAUUUUACCCAGUGGCAUCAUUCCUAAUGCUCACCUACAAUCACAAGCUAUUGCUGAAUAGUGGGGACACAAUAGGGGAAAUAUUUGAGUUAUUUUUAAAUAUAAAUGUUCAGUUUACAUCUCAGAACACCAGCACUGACAAACAUAAAUAGCUGGACUUGUUCCUCUUCAAACUGUAAACAGCGGCCAUUGAACUCACCAUGAAGGAGAAGUAUUUCUGACUUCCAAGCGGUGCCAUGUAACUCAUGGGUGUGUCUUUUAUCACAAAACUGCAUUUCAGCUCAUUUGUUUUUUCUUUCUUUGGGAAAAAAAGCAUUUUAAAGUGAAGGAUUACCUGGCGUAAAAGUACAAAAUACGUUUUAAAAAGAUGAUAUUGAUGUGAGAGUCCUGUGCCUCUGAAUGGGUUUUGCCUUGUUUGGUGUUGAAUGUGUGAAAUGCGUAAAUUGUUUAAAUUGCCAUUAUAUUAUAAUAUAUGAAGCUGUCUGGUAUUGAAUAGACUUUGUGCACUUUUUUUUAGUACAGUACCACUACUGAGUAAUGCUUGUGACGAGCAGUAUUGACAUGUGUCUCGUAACAAAAGAGAGACUUUUUUUUUUCUCUUUUAUGUCUUGAACCACUUUAUUUAACAGACCCGACCUUCUCCUCCACUUAAGUGUAUGCACUCUGGAAAUGUAAAUGUAUGUAUAACAUCAAGGAAAACAUGAAGCUGAG